GCCGGGAUCCUGGUGCUCACGGACGCCUCCCUCGGGAAUGUGACCAAGAAGGGCAACGUGGGCGACAAGCCCCUGAAGCGGGUCUUCUUUCAAACCGUGUUGCAACGAGUGUGUCGCUCGACGUUCGCGGCGGAGCUGUUGGGCAUGGAAGAGGGCCUCGACGCUGGGCAGUAUUGCCGUGGACAUGUGGCUGAGACCUUGGGCUGCAAACUAGGCCACAAGAACGUGGAGAGCAUCUUGGACCUGGGACUACUUUCCCGCUGCAACGUCGGGCUGAAGUGGACGGCGACGGAGAACCGCUUCGUUGACUGCAGCACGAAGGACAUGGACAGUUCCCAUAUGCGGGAGACCUUGGCGAAGUUUGCGUGGAGCUUGCGCCGCAACCUGGAGUUUGUGAAGCAGACUGUCAAAGGACGAGUGGCGACGAAAGCUGGUCCGGAAGUGCUUAGCGGUGCUGAAGUCAAAGCUGACGACCCUGUGUUGGGCUUUCUUCAAGGACUGCCGACCCAGAAGGGCUGGCACCGCCGGGAAGCACUUGCCAUCCAAGUCUCGCAUGGAACUAAACGCUUCAGACGACCGGAACCGCGAUUCCAUGACCCUUACGGCAAAGGGGUGUGGAGGAUCUUGGAGCGGGAUCAACCGUACGGACGCACUUUUGAAAAGUCUGGACAGAGCGGCAGCAGCACUCAUCACGGUCUUCAGGUCCUCUAA